GUUGUCAAGGGGGUGGUGGCGAAGCGGGCUGCAAAAGCAAGCGCGGUCGUUUCGAGUGGUUUCGCAUACACGGGCUCGCUCCGGCCAGGGGUUCAGAGCCCACGGAGGACGGUGCCUCCAGAGAUUGGCCGCCCGGACUACGCCGAGGACGGCAUGCCCAAGGGCGGAAGCCCGCCGCCGGCCUGGGUGAUAGAGGUCAAGACGGAGGAGGACAUAGCCGGAAUGAGAGCGGCCGGAAAAGUCGCGAGGGAGGUGUUGGACCUGGCGGGGAAGGCGGUAAAGGUGGGGGUCACGACGGACGACAUCGACCGCGCUUGCCACGAGGCUGCGUUGGAAAGAGGAGCGUACCCGUCGCCGCUCAACUAUUUCGGGUUUCCAAAGAGCUGUUGCACGAGCAUCAACGAGAUAGUCUGCCACGGCAUCCCGGACAGCACCGUCCUCGAGGACGGCAUGAUCGUGAACGUGGACGUGACGGUGUUCUACAAGGGAUACCACGGAGAUUGCUCGGAGAUGUUCUUGGUCGGGGAGGUGGACCAGGCCGGCAAGGACCUCGUGCAGGCCACGUACGACAUAUUCAACGCGGCGAUCGCGUACUGCAAGCCCGGGCGACCGUACUCUGGCAUCGGCGGGGUGAUCCAGGAGAUGGUCGAUGCGAGAGGUUACAGCACCAUCUCCAACUUCUGCGGACACGGUAUCGGGAAAACGUUUCAUGCCAACCCGUACGUGUUGCACCACAAGAACGACGUGAACAACGGCAUCAUGGCAGUCGGGCACACCUUCACAAUAGAGCCGUUGAUAUGCGAGGGAACUGGCCAAAACGUGAUGUGGCCGGACAAGUGGACCGCGGCGACGGCCGACGGCAAGCGAACGGCGCAGUUUGAGCACACGUUCCUACUGACGGAAGAAGGGGCAGUGCCUUUGACGGCCAAACUCGACUCGUCGCCGAGACAGUUCUGGGAAAAAUGAGUAAUCCCCGCACUAUCUUGGUUGAAGCAUUUUGUAGACCGUCCUUCAAAAUGCAAAGUGCACCAUGACGAUUGGACGUCUUUGCUUCAUGGCGCGAUCACACGGUAUGAAUGCGAAGCUCUGAUAAGACGUUGCUCUCAGGACGAUAGAGUAGAAAAAUGGAUUACGCAUCUCAAGUUUAGUGGUGCGUAGCCUAGUACUUCUAUUGAAGAGUUAUAUAUCUCCACAACAUUUUUUUUUACUUUCAUGUCUGUGGCGACUGUCUGCUUUUUAUUGCAAAGUGCAUGCGCCGCUGGUUGGAGGCUUUCACGAAAGCAGCACUAACACGGGGGAAUUUUUUGUAUUUAGAAGAAUAACUCAUAUUUGUCCCCAAGGCCGGGACCAUAAUGUGUUGAGCCAAAUUCGAAGAAGUUUCGUCUUGUAUUUGGGAUCGAAAUAUUCGAGUGGAACAUGUUCUGUACGUAUGGAACAGCGAGCGUUCUA